GCCCCCAACAGUUUUAACCUACUACGUAAUUAUAUAGCAAAUACGGCGCCGCAACUUUGAUUUUGUUUUGUUUUGUUUUAUUGUAGAAGACCGAUUCUCGCACUGACUAGAGAGACAGAACCUGCACCUCGAUCUGCUCGUGUGGUUGCGUCGGCUUCACUUUCACCCAUCACGUCAACCCGUGCUGUAGAUCUGCUAUUCCCGGCCCGCCUGAUUUGAAAUUCCUUAGGUCCGAAUAGAAGACAGGCCACCCAUAAAACUACGUUACCCCGUGGAGAAAGAUCUGCCAAUUGUCGGCCUUUACCCCGGAUCCUCCUUGACUCCAAUCAACCUCCCACCUCACGACUUCCAUCAGUCCGGAGUAGCGGAACAAACAAUCGCGCACAACCAACGCAAAAUGGGUUUGAAGGGCGACGAGAUCGCGAAGCACAACAGUGCCGACUCUUGCUGGGUCAUUGUCCACGGCAAAGCGUAUGAUGUCACAGACUUCCUGCCGGAGCACCCUGGUGGUUCCAAGAUCAUUCUGAAGUAUGCCGGCAAAGAUGCGACAGAAGAAUUCGACCCCAUCCACCCGCCCGACACCCUCGACAAGUACCUCGACAAGUCCAAGCACCUGGGCCCCGUCGAUAUGGCCUCCGUAGUGGUGGAGACGAAGGAGGAGGACCCCGAAGAGCUGCAGCGGUUGGAGAGGGUCGAGCAGAAGCCGCUGCUGUCCCAAUGCUACAACCUAAUGGACUUUGAGGCCGUGGCCCGCAGAGUCAUGAAGAAGACUGGGUGGGCGUACUACUCGAGCGCCGCUGACGACGAAAUCACGAUGCGCGAAAACCACGGGGCCUUCCACAGAAUCUGGUUCCGGCCGCAGAUUCUCGUCGACGUUGAAAAGGUCAACUUCAGCACCACCAUGCUCGGCGCAAAGGUCGACAUGCCCUUCUACGUCACCGCCACCGCCCUCGGAAAGCUUGGCCACCCGGAGGGCGAGGUUCUGCUCACACGCGCCGCCCGCAAGCACAACGUCAUCCAGAUGAUCCCGACGUUGGCCUCGUGCUCGUUUGACGAGCUCAUGGACGCCGCCGAGGGAGAUCAGGUCCAGUGGAUGCAGCUGUACGUCAACAAGGAUCGCGAAAUCACCAAGAAGAUUGUGCAGCACGCCGAGAAACGUGGGUGCAAGGGUCUCUUCAUCACCGUCGACGCGCCGCAGCUGGGUCGUCGCGAGAAGGACAUGCGCUCCAAGUUCACCGACCCAGGCGCGAAUGUGCAGUCCGGCCACGCCACGGACCAGAGCCAGGGCGCCGCGCGCGCCAUCUCGUCCUUCAUCGACCCCGCUCUGUCAUGGAAGGACAUUCCCUGGUUCAAGUCCAUCACCAACAUGCCCAUCAUCCUGAAGGGCGUGCAGCGUGUCGAGGACGUCAUUAAGGCCAUCGAGGCCGGCGUCCAGGGUGUCGUGCUCUCCAACCACGGAGGUCGCCAGCUCGACUUUGCCCGGUCCGGUAUCGAGGUCCUUGCCGAGACGAUGCCUGUGCUGCGCCGUAUGGGUCUGGAGAACGCCAUUGAGAUCUACAUCGACGGCGGCGUGCGCCGCGCUACCGACAUCAUCAAGGCCCUCUGCCUCGGCGCCAAGGGCGUUGGCAUCGGUAGGCCUUUCCUGUACGCCAUGGCUGGCUACGGCUUCGACGGCGUUGACCGCGCCAUGCAGCUGCUCCGCGACGAGAUGGAGAUGAACAUGCGCCUCAUCGGCUGCACAAGCGUAGACCAGCUCAACCCAUCCCUCGUCGACACCCGGAGCCUGUUCAACCACGGCGCGACGCCUUCGGAUAACCUUGGACUGGCCGUGUACGACUCUCUGGCGACGCCGGUGCAGAGGCCCAAGGCGCCCAAGUCUUCCAAGCUGUAAACCCGAUUCGGAGGAGUUUGUGCGUUUUAGCGAACACAUACAUGAAGCCUUUCACGCAGGAUCGUUGACUUCUGGGAGCGAGCGUGAAACAUUAUGAGAAUUUAUAUGUAUCACAUGUAUGACAUUAUACACUAGAAACAUGACAAUACAUUCUGCGUAUUUUAUAUAUU